CGUACUCCACCACCGAUGGCUCUGCCGCCGACCGCAGGGGCGGCGCCACCGGCGGUGCCCUUCGCUGCGCAGCCGCGCGGCCACUGCCUCCGGCGGCUGGGACCGGCGCCGCCUGGCGCGGCGCCGCGGCUUGGGCCCCUCUUCUGGCCGUGGGAAAAGGUGAAAGUUGGCCCCCUUUCUGUUUCCCCCAUGGGCUUUGGUACGUGGGCCUGGGGAAACCAGCUUCUUUGGGGCUAUCAAGAAAGCAUGGACAGUGAACUUCAGGAGUGCUUUAAUCUGGCUCUGAGAAAUGGCAUAAACCUUUUUGACACUGCUGACUCUUAUGGAACUGGAAACCUGAAUGGACAAAGCGAACGGCUACUCGGUAGAUUUAUACGUGAAUUUGAAGGGCCGAUUAAAUCUCCGGAUGAUGUGGUCAUUGCAACGAAGUUUGCUGCGUAUCCUUGGCGACUUACAUCAGGCCAGUUUGUCGGCGCCUGCAAAUCUUCUUUGGAAAGGUUGCAACUGGAUCGGCUCGGAAUUGGACAACUGCAUUGGUCCACUGCUAACUAUGCACCUUUGCAGGAACGUGCUCUCUGGGAUGGACUAGUUGAAAUGUAUGACAAGGGUCUCGUUCGUGCUGUCGGUGUCAGCAAUUACGGGCCAAAGCAGCUUGUGAAGAUCCACAGCUAUCUAGCUUCUAAAGGUGUUCCCUUGAGCUCAGCUCAGGUUCAGUUCUCGCUACUGAGCAUGGGUGACGAGCAGAUGGAACUGAAAACCGUGUGUGACUCAUUGGGCAUUCGGCUCAUUGCGUAUAGUCCGCUUGGAUUAGGGAUGCUGACCGGAAAGUAUGAAGCUUCUAGCCUUCCAAAAGGACCAAGGUCUGUGUUGUUCCGGCAAAUUCUUCCUGGAUUGGAGUCUUUGCUGUCCUGUCUGAGAAGGAUUGCAGAAAAGAAGGGGAAAACCAUGUCUCAGGUGGCCAUAAACUGGUGCAUCUGCAAAGGCGCGAUUCCCAUCCCAGGCGUGAAAACAGUCAGGCACGUCGAGGAGAAUUUGGGUGCGCUCGGCUGGAGGCUGAGCCCUGCUGAGAUAUCAGAGCUCGAGUCCGCGGCGAUGGCGGCUCCGAAGAAAAUGAUCCAGAACGUCUUUCAGACUGCCUGAUCAUGCACAGGGAUAUGAAUGAAUCUCAGUACCAAACAUCAAAGAACCAUGUUCAGAUAAGGAGUAGCGAGACGCUUUCACCGCUCAACUCUGAAAUGUUGCUAUGUAUCUUCCUGCAAGGAAGUUCAGAUUAAGCAGCACACUGAUUACACUUAUUCAGGUCCGUUUCCUGGAUCCCCAGAGAUGAAGCGGCUUACACUA